CACACGUGCUUUAUAGUGCCCUAUACAGGAAGCUGUGUGUGCAGAGCUGCUACCUGGUAAGGUCUCUGUCUUCUAACUAACAAUGAACAAGAGUACAAAGCCGAUGGGUGUGAGGGUUCUAAGAAAUGCUUUAGAGAUUAUCCAGUUAAUCACUGGAGAUGAAUAUAUCAUUGUGAAUAAGAAAUUCCAAUGUAAGUGCAUUGACUUGCUGACUAGCGAGAUCCCUUUAAAAUAUAAAGAUAUUGCAGUUUUCUUCUCUGUGGAGGAAUGGGAGUAUAUAAAACGACACAAAGACCUAUCUCAAGAUGUAAUGAUGGAUAAUCACCUUUAUAUCGGCACUUCUGGACCUGACAUUAAUAUUCUCACAGGUCUUCCCAUCUCAAUCUCAUGUAAGCUCAACCUCCAGGAGGAAGAUGGGAUGAAUGAAAAGGAUGCAUGUCUUGAACGGACAUCAAGGUGCCCAAGUGAGAAGGAUUUGGCAAGAGAGGAUAUGAAAGAGACACAUGUAAAGGAUACAGAGGCGCAGAAGAUAUUUGAGAAUUCCAGCUCAGAUGAUUCCCUGGUCAAAGUUGAAAAUGAUGCGGCCAAACGUGGAUCUGAGACACUGGCCUGUUUACCGGAUAAGCUAGUGGAAGGUGAUACUGGAGACAAAAAGACCUGUUCACCACAAUGCUCAGUAGAACAUGGCUCUACUAUGUUUUCUGAGUUUAAAAGAGAAUCUCACAUGUCAUGUUCUUCAGCUGGAAUCACCAUAGAGGAUACAAGUAAAUGUCAUGAGUUUCAGGGAGAACAUGACUUAGCCAAAAGUCCCUCAGGUCAGACAGUGGAACAUGAUAACACUGCAUUUAAUAAGAUCCAAAGGAGUUCCCACACAGAGGCCCUUUCUUUGAGUCACCUAGAGGAAGAAAGUACUUGCACAUUUAGAAGAUGUAAACAAGGGCAAUACUUGGGAGCUUGUUCAUGGGAGAAGACAACGGAGUAUGGUAAUGACCGAUUCUGUGGGUUUGAAGGAAAACCCCAUAGAACUGCGCGUUUGUCAGAGAAUAAUGGGAAAAAUUGUAUAAGUAAACCUGAAAGGGAUUAUGGAGGACAGUCUUCUAACCAUCCAUCCUCUACAUCAAUUUCCAGUUCAAAUCAAACUUGUCUUUCAGACGACACACUUCUCGGUGACUGCCAGGAUUUGGAUUACGACAUCAAGAAAGUUAAGAUUGAAGACAAUACAAUCAUUGAAGAAUGGUUCAACCAAGAUUCUUCCCAUACAGAUCAGCAAGCAGCCUCUACUACAAGGUCUUUUCAUGUAUGUGAAGUAUGUGGGAAGAGUUUUCCAUACAAAUAUCACCUUAUUGUCCAUCAGCGCAUACACACCGGAGAGAAGGCACCUAAAUGUAAUGAAUGCGGUAAGAUAUUUAGCUAUAAAUCCAGUCUCCAGAGACACCAGAGAACUCACACUGGGGAGAAGGUCCCGAGGUGCAGUGUGUGCGGCAAACACUUCACAUACCAAUCCAGUCUUGUUCGCCAUCAGAGGACUCACACUGGCGAGAAGUCCUUUACAUGCAAUGUAUGUGGCAAAAAGUUUGUUUCAAACUUUAACAUGGUUGUUCAUCAACGAAAACACACUGGAGAGAAACCGUAUGGAUGCAAGGUUUGUGGAAAACACUUUGCCCAUAAAUCCGCUUAUAAUCAGCAUCAGAAACGUCACGAGAGGGAUGGUUCCUGAAUCUGGAAGAAGUUUAAUUCUUAGUCUAAGGACUCUGUGAAACAGAUUUAAACAGUGUUUGUCUUUUCUGCAGUAUUUUAUGCUGACUAAAUACCUUCCUGAAUAGCAUUAGAGGUAGGGUCAGAAGAAACUCAGGGUGCUUUCGUGCCACGGGGUGCUGCUUUUACUGGUAGCUAGUGCCCAUUUGUUUGUUUACACUGGCUGUGUCUGCUGGAUAUGGGGUAGGAAUGGCUACUCUUGGCAGUUAGAAAGCAGAGUAGUCUCUGAAGAAUAGCUCAUAAACAUCUGCAUCACCCAGAUUAGCCAUAACCAACAGCAUACAUCGUCAGAGUUCCUGUCCUAUUGUGUUUUACACCUCACCUCCUAUAGAAUGUAAGCUCGUUUGAGCAGGGUCCUCUUCAACCUAUUGUUCCUGUAAGUUUUCUAGUAAUUGUUCUAUUUAUAGUUAAAUCCCACUCUCAUAAUAUUGUAAAGUGCUACGGAAUCUGUUGGCGCUAUAUAAAUGGCGAUGAGAAUUAUGGUAGUAUUAGUGCAUUGCACAUAGAGAACUGUAGGUGGUGCUCUAGUAUACAGACUGGAAAUGCAUCAGAGGAUGUUCUGAAUUGGCAUUUAUAAACUUUCUGUGAAAUCAAAUUACACUCAAUGGAUAAGCUACCUGGAAUUAAAUGGUUGCUGUUUA